UCAUUAGUGCAGCACUGAUUCUCUGGUCCUGCUACUGUCAGUAGUUGCAUACUAGCACAUGAGAUACUUCACACAGCCAGUGCGUCGCCGUUAGCAGCUACCUGCUAAAACAAAUCUAACGUUUGGGAUCUUUGUCACUGGUCAGUGAUGAUUGGGAGAUGAUGGAAAGAAGAUGCAGCACAGGACUAUUGGUGCUCUGUGUGUGUGCGGCUGUGUUCAACUACGUCUCUGCCUCUCCAGAGGUCUGCACUAAUUCCCUCCUGCCUGGGGCUAAAGGAGACCAAGGGGAGGCUGGAGAGGAGGGAGAUCCAGGAAAACUGGGGAAGACUGGACCACCAGGAUUUCCAGGAGUGCCAGGAGAGAAGGGACUUAGAGGAGACGUGGGCCACACAGGAAAGAUGGGACCUACUGGAGAGAAGGGUCACAAAGGUGAUACAGGUUUGGAUGGGCCCUCCGGUCUGAAAGGGAAACCAGGCACCACAUGUGACUGUGGCAGGUACAGGAAGGUGGUUGGACAACUGGAGGACAAUACAGGCAAGCUGAGGAACGCUGUCAAGUUUUUGAAAAAUGUCAUCUUGGGGCUGAAGGAAACAGAAGAGAGGUACUACCUACUGGUGAAGGAGCCCAAGAGGUUCAGAGAGGCUUCAAUGAACUGCAAGCUAAGAGGAGGCACCCUGGCCAUGCCGAAAACCACCAGCACCAACAGUCUCAUGGCAGACUACGUCAGUCGGGCAGGACUGACAAGAGUUUACAUAGGAGUGCAGGCUCAAAGCAAGGACGCAGAUGGAACAAGCCGUUAUGUUUAUGCAGACUCCAGCCCUCUGGAGAGGUUUGCAGCCUGGAGUCAAGAGGAGGAGGUAAAUUCCAGAUUAUCGCCUACCACAAACUCCAGCUGUGUGGAGCUGCUCAGCACUGGAACAUGGGGUCAUGUGGAGUGUGAGGCAGCCAUGUUUUUCAUCUGUGAGUUCCCAAAGAGCAGGAGAAGAGGAUGAGGAACAGGAGGAAGAGGAAGAGGGACACCUGCCUUAGUGUCAUCAUGAGUUAAUCAGACAUUCAGAUUUGCAUAUAUACAUAAAGUACAUAUAUAUUUACAUGUGUGUUCAUAUGUAUGUUUUUUUUAUAUAUAUAUACCCUUGUCUGUUUAAUGUAACACAGAAAUAAAUACACAGAAAUAGCAACUUAGAAAGUCAAAGUUUUGCAAACAGUUACCUUUUUUCACCAAAAGUGAAAGUUUAAAUUGUAUAACUGUUAAAUUCCAACCAUCUACCAAUUUCUGUACAGUUGUGUUGAAUUCAUCUAACCAAGUAUAGGCUCACUGCAUAAUAUUGGAGCUAUGAGUCUUUACAAGACACUGAGUCUGGAUCUGGUGUUGUCUAAUAGCGAAUGAAUAUUAUGGAAGUUAUUAUUUUAAAACCCCAAAAUACAAUUGACUGUUCUUUAAAUAGAAGUAACAGCAAUACUCUGCAUUUAAAGUUUAAUAGGUGGUGUCUUUAUUAAACCUUUCCAAAAACUAAAAGCACAUGCCCAAAAGUGUAAAGAAUGGAUUAAACGGUGCGUUUAUCUGCUCCAACAUGAGAUGCACUCGUUAGCAUGCCUGGCUAACCUAACCCAGCCUUACAUUUACAAGGUAAAGUAGCAUUUCAUACUGAAUUAUUUUGUUGGCUGGAUGCUUUUGUCUUUGAUGUGAUUCAGGCUCUCCCAUCACACUGUACGGUCCAACACAAACAGUAUGCUCACAAUCAUACACAUUAUCCUACUGCUUCCCAAAUGUCAAGUGCCAGUGUUGAUGUUUGGACUCUUUCCACUGAUUAUAAUUACUCCUCCUGAACAUAUAUAAGAUACUAGACAGUCUGAUAACAACUGUUCCUUGUCUCUAUAGUAAUUGUACAUUUUUAUAACAUGCAUGUCCUUCAAACAUAGCCUACUGUUUAUUUUUCUCAUUUGUUAUAUCAAAUAAAAAACAAAAAUAAAAAGGUAAAGGUGAU